GAACUGAUUUAUUCGUUUGUGAUUUUUUAUCCUUCAUGUUAGAUAAUUAAUACAACAAUUGAAAAUUAAUUAGAGAAUUAAGUGAACUGCUCAUAAAAGCUUAUAAGCCAAAGCUCAAUGAUUUAGAACUGGAUGAUAAGAUAAAUGAUUCUAUCUAUAUAAAUAUCGCUUGUAAUUCCCGGUCGAACAUUUGGACUCCAGUCGUCCCAUAAUUUAGACCCAACCUAACAAAAUCUCUUUGUUUGGGAUUGAGCACGAUAACAUUUUUCACACUGGCAUUUUCAGUUUUCUUUGUACUCAAGUCGAGCCAGCAAGCAAAUGAAAUGUCGGCCAUCUUGAAUCAAAUUUCAUAAUGGCAUGUGUCUUUCCAAAUAUCAAGUGAUAGCAAUUAAAGCAAUCGGGAAAAUAAUAAAAACUUACCAUAAAACAUUUGCAUAUUUAUAAACUAAAAAUUAAUUAUUCCACCUGGUUUUAAAUAGUUUAAAAAAUUAAAAAGAUCACCAAUAAAACAAAUCAGCUGUUAUCCGUCAAUCGAUGUCAACAAAAUUACAUAAUUUUGUUUAGAAAAACAGUGCAGCCUCCGUUUUUUAGUGUCAUUUUGAAAUUACCAAACAUGAAGAUUCGAUCUAUGAUUCAAUGGACAAAUUGAUAAAGUAGAUGUGUACCCAGCGGCUCACAACAUUGGCGACUGUGAUUUUUUGUAUAAUGUAGUCCGCUGUAAUAUUUUAGUUAUGGAUCAAAACAAUAUAAUUGAGUGCGGUGGAUUUUAUUUUAUUCAUAAUUUUGACUCUGGGAAUCUCGGACAUGUGGAACGGGUGCCGACGGAGCUAAUAGCUCCAAGCUUAAACCCAAAGACAAAUGUAUCAGAAACACCGGACUAUGAAUUCAACAUGUGGACCCGGCCGGACUGUGCCGGCACCGAGUUUGAGAAUGGCAACCGUACCUGGUUUUACUUCGGCGUGCAGGCUAGUGAGCCUGGCGUACUGGUGCGGUUGAAUCUAAUAAACCUGAACAAGCAAGGCAAGAUGUACAACCAAGGCAUGGCGCCGGUGACAAGGACGCUGCCCGGCAAGCCUCAGUGGGAGAGGAUUAGGGACCGUCCUGUACACUCGACGGACGACAACACAUUCACCCUGAGCUUCAAGUACCGUACAUCAGAGAACUUGAAAGCGACCACAUUCUUCGCUUUCACAUACCCGUUCUCUUUUGCUGAGCUGCAGAUAGCCCUCAACUCCAUCGACUUGAAGAUGCUGCCUCUGCCACCGCCGCAGUCAGCUGAUGAUAUCUACUAUACGAGGGAAUGCCUUAUUUAUUCUUUAGAAGGGAGGCGAGUGGACCUUCUAACAAUCACGUCCCACCACGGCAUUACAAACGAGAGAGAGGAAAGGCUCAAGAACUUGUUCCCCGACCCCCAGGAGAGGCCCUACAAGUUUCAGAACAAGAAAGUGAUAUUCAUAUCAGCUCGAGUACAUCCAGGAGAAACCCCUUCAAGCUUCGUGUUCAACGGUUUUCUGAACCUCUUGUUAACCCGUAACGACCCCAUCGCGAUCCAGUUAAGAAAACUCUAUGUGUUCAAAAUGAUCCCGUUCCUGAACCCUGAUGGGGUCGCCCGCGGACAUUAUAGGACCGACACGAGAGGGGUCAACUUGAACCGGGUCUAUUUGAACCCUUCGUUGGCUCAUCAUCCUACCGUGUAUGCUUCGAGGGCGUUGAUAAGAUAUUACCACUAUGGCACAGAGAAGGAAGACUUCUGUGAUGAUAACAAGAGUUUUACUUCGCGCAGCAUACAGAACAUUAGCGAGAGCGCUGAGCUUCUAGAAGUGAAAAAGAAGAAACCGUCAAGCACGAACGCGAAAGUGGGCGAGUACAACAAGCGAGAGAAGCCUAAGAUAACGAGUAACAAGUCUGCUACUACCAUCAAACCUCCUUCUUCCACGUCAGAUAGCUCUAAGAAAGAGUUCAAAACGCUUAGUGGUGAAGCGGCGAAUUUGGCUGAACAAGUAUACGACUUAAAACUGCAUGAACAGCCGUCACAAACCAGCGAUUCUUCCUCCAAGCCAUCUGUGUCCAACAUUGGGGAGUCGCCCUCUCUCCUGAACGACAACUUGCUCCGAGCCUGUCUGGGGUCCACAGUACAUCUGAGCACUAGUGAGGAGCUCAACUUUCAAGGACCCAACCCGCUGAGACCUCUGAGGGAUACGCUCAAAAAUAGUAUCAGUCUGCUCAUGGAGUCUACGUCGUCUGUUGCUUGUGACGGCUUAGCCGGCAAGGAGUCCCGGCAGUCGAACGUGAAGAUGGGCUGGUGCCAGGACUGCAGGACGGCGGUCAGCAAGCUGGAGGACACCAUGCCCGGCAUCACGAGCAUGGUGCCCGGGUAUAAUGUUGCCAUGGUGAGUAGUACAUACACAGUGACAGGCAAGGAGUCUCGACAGUCGAACGUGAAGAUGGGCUGGUGCCAGGACUGCAGGACGGCGGUCAGCAAGCUGGAGGACACCAUGCCCGGCAUCACGAGCAUGGUGCCCGGGUAUAAUGUUGCCAUGUCUCAGGACCCAUCAGACCCGCCAGCCAAGGACGACAAUAUCCACUUCUGCACGAACUGCUUCAAGAGAUACGUACUCACGGAGUCUAAUGAAGAAAUCGUAUGCAGCGUGGUAUCGACGCAGAGCGUUGCGGUGUCGGCGGAGGAGAGCUCCGAGCAUCGCACCGACACGGACUCGCACGACACCGUCGCCGGCAGCACGGGGGACGCUGUCGUUACUGUCAGCACAGCUAUAACUGUCCCAAAAGAAGAGAAGCCCAAGUCUCCCGUUACAAGGCAGGCUAAGAAGAAAGCUGUGCCCGUGCCGAGCGCCAAUAAUAGUAGCGCCACCGUCACGAAAUCACCGCCCAAAGAGACCGAGUCGGGACUGUACUUGUAUAUAGAUCUGCAUGGACAUGCUUCCAAAAAAGGUAUAUUCAUGUACGGCAACCACUUCGACGACCUAGAGAGCUGCGUGGAGUGCAUGCUGCUCCCUCGUAUCAUGUCCAUGAACAACCUGCACUUCCACUUCUCCUCCUGCAACUUUACCGAGAGGAAUAUGUAUCUCAAGGACCGUCGCGACGGCAUGUCUCGCGAAGGCUCAGGCCGAGUCGCAGUAUUCAAAGCCACAGGACUAGUGCGUUCAUACACAUUAGAGUGCAACUACAACACGGGACGCCUAGUGAACGUCCUCCCGCCGACGUUACGCGAGGGGCCCGCCACCCUCCCCGCGCCGCCCGCCCCGCUGCCGCCCAAGUACACCCCGCACAUCUUCGAAGAGGUAAACCCCUUCCAGGUGGGCCGUUCCCUGGGCGCGUCGAUCUUAGACCUGACGGGGCAACACCCGAACUCACGCAUCCCUUGCUCGGAGCAUCGCAACUUGUCCGCCGUGCGCGAGUGGCUUCGAGCUCACACUAGAACUAUGCGUCCACAGCUGACGAUGUCGCGUUUACGACCCAAGACGGUGUCCCCUCCCCGUGUGCCGCUGUACGCUCGCUCUAAGGGCAAGGUGACCGAGGAGCGCAAGGAGAACACGUACGUCGGCGCCAAGACCGACACCGAGCGCAAGCGCAGCCCGCCCGUGCUGGCGCCGCGCUCCGGACACGACAUCAUGAACCUCAACAUGAAGUUCGGCAAGAAGAACGAGCCCGUCAAGACCGCCUCCCGCACUAGAUACCUCAGCGAAAAUGAGCCCAAGCCCAAAACGCUGUCCACCAAGCGUAGGAACAUUCUAGCGAUACGGAAACCCAACUCGAGCAAGACGCAGGUGAGCGGUGGGGUGGUGAAGGCGAAGAUGAGCCGGCGGUCGGCGGACGACGCGGAGAGCCCGCGCACCUCCAUCGUGUCGGGCAAGCUCAGCAAGCGCAGCUUCACGCGCUCCGGCCGCGGCUCCGCCACGCGCAGCUCGCGCCGCACCGCCGCCUCGUCCUCGUCCGACGACAUGCUGGGCGGCACGUGGGAGGACGUGGCGGGCGGCACGGUGCUGGGCGGCCUGCACGACGCGCUGCCGCUGCCCGGCAAGCGCCGCUCCUUCCCCAACCCCGCGCCCGCGCACCUCAAGAAGAUCCGCCUCAAGACCGUCAUGUAGCGCCGACUGCGCCGACCCGCCCGACACUCGCGCAACCCCAACUGACCGGGACGGCUAGUCCGUCCGUCUCCAAUGUACUGUCGGCCAGAAUUGUGGUCUUCACCACCCUGUGGGCGAGGCUCCUUUAGACGUCAUGAAACUACAAAGUCGAUAUCCUCUUACACUUAGUUAGAAAAGUAUACCUGAGCUAAGUAGAUCUCGCAGAAACUUAUGAAAACUACCUACUCGACCACUUUCAUAGCUGACGACAUCAGAGCGGUCGCCGCGUGUGACGCGUCGUGCAGCUGCGGCGGGCUCGACGCUCCGGCCACGUCACUGCCAGCGCUGAGCUAGUUACCCAACCACCGUCAAUGGCAAUCAAGUGUGGGGUUACAUUUGGCGCCUGUCCGUAACUUAUGCCAUUAAAAAUUGUGUGUGAUCUUCUCCUCACUGUCCUAUCGAUCUAGCUAUAGUAUUUUGUCUCGUUUUAUGUUUAGGGUUAAUAUCGUUUCUAACUGCGACUUGCCACCAGUAGGAGUUUACGAUGGUUGAUUUAAAACUUUUAUUUUAUUUUUAUUUAUUGGUAGAAAUAUUUUUAAUGGCAUGAGAUAUAAUUAAUGUGAGCUAGUGUUGUAACUUAAAUUUUCUUUGCUUUAUUAAACCCUGUAACUUGUGAUUAUGUUGACUGAACGGGCGACUAAAUUCUUGUGUUCUCUUUAGCAUAAUGUUUUAUAUGUCAAUUUUUAUCGUUUAAAAUUGGAAGUCUGUAUAAUGUUUAAUCCCAAUUUUUGUGGAUUGAAAUAUUUAUUUAACAAAAGAAGUUUUUUACUGUAAGAUUUUAUAUAAAGACAGAAAUAUUAUUAUUGUUUGCGGUGAAGAUUAUCAUCCCCUGUAGGCGAGUUGAAUGCUCAUGGAGCAAUGUUUUCAAAAUGUGCUAAUAAUGUAUAAUGUACUAUUGAUCUCAUUUAUGAAAUUUAGCAGGAAGCUGGUUUCAAGAGUGCUCAUAUCUAUUCAAUCACAAAUAUUUCUGUGCCCAUCCAUGACUUGUUUUAGCAGCUUUCAAAAUACCGAAAAAAAUGGAAACAGAAAUAGCAACAGAAACAAAGUGUUUGUGAUAUAAAACAGCUACUUGAUUUAUAAAGGGUUUUUUUAGAAUAAUGUAUGUAUUAUUAACAUAUUAACUUGUCUACACAUAGAGUAAGAAGCGGACGUGGCUUACAUGAGCGACAAGUUCCGCGCCACCAAUCUUAGUGCAAUAAUUUUAUAUGAAUUACUAUAUGUACCGGAAGUUUUAUAUACAAACGUAACACUAAAAACAUACUUUCAAAAUUCAUAUGUAUAAUACAGUGUUUACGGUAGAAAUGCGUAGUGUGUAUAUUUUAAAACAGUAACUAUUUAUUUAUCUGAAAUAUUAAUAUAUGGUUAAAUAACAUACAAUGUUCUCACAA